AUGGGACAUGUGUGGUGCACAUGGCUAUUGGUGGCUCGUGCCAUGGGGAUGAGGAUUGCGGCGGUGGAAGCAAGUGCAAGUCCAACAUUUGCAGAUGUGCCUCGGGUCAACAUGCUGUACUUGGCGAGUGCGUCUCCACAGAAUGCAAUUCGAAUCAGAUAUCCUAGAUGGCCGUUGUGUCAAUCGUGCGGCUAUUGGAGAGCCGUGCAAAAGCUCCCUUCAGUGCAUCUCAAACUCGCGAUGUCUAAACAACAAGUGUGA